AUGCCGGCACCGGCCACCUCGUCUCAUGCACCCCCCUCCCCCGACCUCCAACACCCCUCCAAACGAAUGCGCCAGUCUAGUCCCGGCCCUGACAAAGACUCACCUGCCUCGUUAUCCCUCUCCGCGGGCGCGAACUCGCCUUUGGCAACACCGACGCAUGAGCACCCCCCUUCUGCUGCUGGUGGGCUGGACGGCUCGGCCAAAGUGGGACAGUCGUCCAGUUUCAGGAAUGUCUCUGCGUGUAAUCGGUGUCGGCUGAGGAAGAAUAGGUGUGAUCAGAAGCUGCCGAGCUGUGCGAGUUGUGAGAAGGCGGGUGUACCUUGUGUGGGGUAUGAUCCGAUCACGAAGAGGGAGAUACCGAGGAGUUAUAUCUUUUAUUUGGAGAAGAGGGUGGAGCAGUUGGAGGGGAUAUUGAGGGAAAAGGGGGUUGGGUUUCCGAGGGCCGAGGAGCUGGAGUGGUGUAGCAAGGUUGGGGGGGUCAAUGGGGGAGUGAGAGGGGAGGUUGAACAGAUGGAAGAUGGGGGGCAGAUGUCAGCAAAAGAGGGAGGGGGUAAUGGGGAGGAUGAGGGCGGGGUUGUGGCGAGGAGGGAGACGGUGAGGAGAGGAGCAGAUAAAGGGCAGGGGAGGCAUCUGGGCUCUACCACGGGGAUAUCGUUUGCGAGGGUUGUUUUUGCGGCGGUGCAGAGCUCCGUGUCGGAUCAGAGGUCGAACUCGGAUAAGGGGGGGAUAAGACCGUAUAGACCGCCGGCAGGGGGGGUGAAUAAUGGGACGACGACGAGUAUGAGGGAUUCGUUUUUUGGUUUGCACACCAAGCCUACGAUACAUCCUGCGACGUUUCCGAGUAAGGAGUUGGGGUUGAAGCUGAUAAACCUGUAUUUUGAGCAUGCGAACCCUCAGAUGCCGGUGGUGCAUAGGGUGGAUUUUAUGCAGAUGUUUGAGCAGGCUUAUGCAGAGGGGGCGGAGAGGGUGAGGGGGCCGAGGGAGCUGUAUUGUUUGAAUAUGGUGUUCGCGAUCGGGGCGGGAAUUAUACUGGCGGAGAGCAAGGGGGAUCAGGGGACGAAGCAGUGCCAGCCGGAGGAGUACCAUGCGAGUGCGAUUGUGCAUUUGGAGGCGUGUUUGGGAAGUGGGGGUGGGUUGGAAGAACUACAGGCUGUGUUGCUGCUGGCGAACUUUGCGCUGCUGAGGCCAGUGCCGCCGGGGUUGUGGUAUAUUAUUGGCGUGGCGGUGAGGUUGGCGGUGGAUUUGGGGCUGCAUUAUGAAGAUGGGAAGGAUGUGGAUGCUGGACUUGGUGGUGAACAGCAAAGGGAGAAUGCGGCGAGUGAGAGGGGGAGGAGGGAGUAUACGAGGGAUAUGAGGAGAAGAUUGUGGUGGUGUACGUAUUCGUUUGAUCGGCUGGUCAGUGUUUGUGUGGGGAGGCCGUUUGGGAUUUCGGAUCAGGUUAUCACGACCGAGUUCCCUUCCUUGCUGGACGACAAGUACAUCACGCCAAACGGGUUUCUGGAAGCGCCACCGAAUGCGCCGACCUAUAAGCUGGUUGCUCAUCACUAUUUCAGGCUGAGGUUGCUACAGUCUGAGAUCUCGCAGGUACUGCAGUAUCAGCAGGCGAGGGUUGCGAGGGAUUUUGGGCAGAAUCAGAAGAACCCCCAUAUGCACACUUCGCUACCGUCGCCGUUCCUGUCGAGGUUUGACUCGUUCAGGUCCUGGAGGAUCAAUAUCGAUAAGAGGUUGUAUGAGUGGAAGAUGACAGCACCAAAGAAACAAGAUACAGGUGUGGCCUUCUUGACGGACUUUUUGGACCUCAACUACUGGCAGGCUAUUAUCAUGUUGUAUCGGCAGAGUUUGAGUGUGCCCGAGAUGUUCGAGGGCGAGUAUCACACUGCCAAGGAAGUGGAAAGCCCAUCUGUCCACAGCGUGGAGCUUCGCGAGGAUGAAGAUCGUGUGUAUCUCAAGGUGGCGGAGGCGGGCCAGAAGAUUCUGAGGCUAUACAGGCAGCUUCAUCUGGCUGGGCUGGUCAACCAUACAUAUCUGACGACGCACCAUCUGUUUGUUGCUGGAAUUUCGUAUCUUUACGCGAUUUGGCACUCGCCCAUUGUUAGAAGUCGACUGUCCAUGGACGAAGUAGACUUCACCAUCCUCGCCGCCACAUCAGUCUUCACCGACCUGAUGGACAAGUGCCCCCCAGCCGAAGCUUGCCGCGACGCCUUUGACCGCACGGUGAAAGCAACGCUCAAGAUGGUAAACGCCCGAGGUGGCUUCGGCCAGAAACACCCCCCACCAGCUCCACCAGCAGGAGCUUCUUCGACCACCUCUAGAAACAAUGAUCAUCAUAGAAUGGACUGGUCAUCCAGAUCAGACACUGCUUCUCUGUCGAGCAGUUCUCACCAUCAACACCACCACCACAGACAACCCCGCCCUGCACCGCCCCAUCGUACCUCGAGUUCGAUCGACCAAAUAUCCGAUAUUAAGUCGGAGGCGUAUUCCACCACCCCAUCACAAUUCUCCGCCUUCAAAAAUCAAUACCGACCCCAACUGAAGACAGAAGGAGACGGCUUCUCCCUCAUGCGCAACCUACCUGGUCCACCAAGGUCAAACGCCAGUUCUGUGAAUGAUGGGCCGUUGACGCCAGAAGCAGGUAUGCCCUCUCCAGCUGGGGGACUGGCUUCGCCGGGAGGGGUAGGGGGGUUAGGGUCGCCGGUUAUCAGUAUGGGACCUCCUCAGCAGCAGCAACAAGGAGGGGGGAUGUUUAGUCCGGGACUGUUGUCGUAUAAUGACUUGCGGGGGGUGGAGUUUUUGCAAGGUGGGCUUGGGGGUGUUGGUGGUGGUGCUGGUGGGCAGGAGGGGAUGUUGGAUACGAAUAUGGAUUUGGGGUUUGGGAUGGGGUGGGAUGGGGGGUUGGGGCAGCAUGAUUUCAGUGAUGGGGCGGGGGGGCUGGAUCUGUUUGAUGGGUUUUUCUUUGGGGGGCAGCAAGGAUCAACCGGGGUAGGAGGGGGUGUUGGGGGUGGGUUGUGA